CCUCGCGAGUUUUCGUGGUAAGGCCGUGGGUUGUGGGGGCCACCACGGGGGCGGGGGUGGGUUUACUCCUGCUUUUUCUCGUCGUCGCUGUUCUUGGCAAUCAAACGUGCACGACGACGGCUGCGCCGGUGGUGUCCGAUCCGUACGUGUCCCUCGACGCUACGCCUCCUCGUCUUCUGCCUCGAUCAACGGACCGCUGGUCGUCGGAGUCCACCGUCCGGAGUCCAACGUCUCGUCGAUUUUCAAACUACCAGCAGCCGGACGUACAUCCUCCGCCGAAAGGAGAGCUGGAUUAUCACGAGAUAUCGUUGCUCCCAGCUGAACGACACGGUUUCGAUGCGAUUCGGUUGCUCUCUCCCCAGCAACCAGCUACGAUCGAUACCAUCAGCAAGAAAGAUACAUCUUCUUCCGUUGCAUCGCAAGAAGGUGGAGGAGGAGGAACAGGGAGAGGAGGAAGAGGAGGAGGAGGUCUGGCUUACGAGAGGACCAAGUCGAGACGACGACAGGUCGAUGAUCGAGGCUCAGCUUCUUUGAGCUCCGUUCAACCGUACUGGCUCCAGGGGAGAUUUUCUCGUCCCCGUCGCGUUCAAUCUUUCUCGGCUCUCGUCGGUACAGCCGAACCGAAACGCCACGAUAUCCUCGAGUUCGCUUUACCCGAGACCAACCAUCACGACUCGACGUCGUCGUCGAAUCUUGAGGACAUUGUCAGAGGGCCGGCUUCUAGCCGGAGUUCUUCAACAACCACGACGACGACGACGACGACGACGGCGACGACGACGACGCUGGCAACAACCACGAGGACGACGGAGGAGUCGCGAAUCACGAUUACGGUACCGAUUACUUGGACCACCGAUCGUUUCGUCCAUCGAACUGUGCCGCGGUUAUCGGACGAGCAACUAUCGGGAAGACGCAACAGGAAGUCGAAGGACGAAGAAGUAGAUGCGAGGGAUAAAGACGGAGGGAGGUUCGCGUUCGCCGGGGACGGUAGUGGUGAGGUCAUAGGUGGUGGUGGUGGUGGUGGUGGUAGUGGUAUCGUCGAUUGGAGCACAACAGUCGCCGGGCCGAUGUCAUCCUGGUCGUACCCCGAAGAUGAGCAGCCGGGAGCUGUAAGGACACGGCUGAGCCCGGAUGUCGCGACCGAGAAAGACGAGGAGGCGGAUGGUAGCGAGGAACAGGUCAAGGUCACCGUAGCUCAGGGUAAAGGCUCGUCCACGUCGACGGCAGGGACUACGACCACUUCGUCGACGACGCAGUUGCCACCACCCGGUCAAGACACCUCUAUGGAAGCACUGAGCGCGACUAGCUAUAUAGUGUCAGCGGUGCUCGUCCUGAUAGUCGGGGCACUGGUGGGUGUCCUGGCGACGGUAUCGCAUCAUCUUCAUCAUCGUCGGCUGCUACUGCACGAGCCGGCCACCGCCUCGAUCUUGCAUCACCAUCGGCAUCAUCAUCAUCGUCAUCAUCAUCAUCAUCAUCGAGAGGAGCUGCCAGCGUCGCAUCAACGACGUCUCCUUUUGCAGGAUCACCAUCGUCAUCCUGGCACACCGAUGCUGUCGGUGAGCCCAGGAAUGGAGGUAGGAAGCGGCGGCGGUCACGGCGGCCUCGCUGCUGGAUUGGAAGGUGAUCCGAGCAAUGGUGGCGCCGGUGGAGGAGUGGGUGGCGAACGGGGGACCGACGGGAUGCAGGAAGCGAUGGUGGCCGCCGCGAGGGACCGGGCGAUUCGCGCCGGAAGUGUCCGGCAGGACCUCGCCCUCGACCUACCCCCACGGCUUCAGCUUCCGGAUGGCGAGGAACGCCCGUACGGAGCGCAUACCGCCCUUCACCUGCGCGACCCGGAGCAGGAGAGCGAGAUAUACCAGAAGUGUGUCCGACCGCCGCCAAACCGGACGGUGUUCGACAGCGAGAGUCCGCCGCCUUACCGAAGCCAGUCCGCUUUGUUGGACGCGCCUGACCGGAUACGCUGUCACAGCGCAGGCAGUUCCUUGAUGAAGGUGUUCAAGAAGUUUCCAAGUCCUGGUAGCUCGACGCCAGCCGUAGUGGUGCCGCCCAGAAGACCGACCCUGUCCAGUUACUCCGAGUCCAGUAGCAACCUGAGCAAUCUCUCCAGCCUAACGGUGGUGCCUUGCGAGGCUGACGAGAGUCAGCAUCCGCAACAGCAACAACAUCAACCGCAACCACCGUUAGCCCAACAACAAUCGCAACCGCAACAGCAACAGCCUCAACAAUCCCAACAAAACCAGCACCAUCACCACGUCUGAUGCAAGGCGCGGCCGAGGAGAGCACUCGAGGCCACGAUGACGACGCCGAGGAGAGAGUUCCUCGAGGUCGACGGACGGCGAAGGAUGUCGUGGAAACGGCUACGAGCCGGCACGGAUCGGCCUGAACAAAAGGCGGCAGAUGCUAACGAAGAACAGAAGGACGCUGGCACCGGGAUCGUCGUGCUGGUUCUGCCCUCGAGAAUCCUCGAGACCUCGAGGAUCCCUCAAGACUGACUCGCAGCAGAAACUUCGUACACGGUUUCGGCCAGCUGAUGAUGCCUGCUUAAAAUUACACGGACGAAGCUGGCUGGCUUUAGGCGUGGUGCGCGGAGAGAGAAUUUCAACGAGAAAAUAAGAGAGGACCAAACUGACAAUUCGGCGAACGAUCCUCCACUUUCGCACUGAAUGGUCCUUCAAACGGAGGGCUGGCUGUUUGAUAAGCCCGGGACAAAACACCCGAGGUACCAGGGAUCGUAAUUUUCGGGUUAAGCUCGCGUUGUCGAUGGAUACGCUGGUGGUCCCCUCGAUGUGGCUUACGGUUGACGAUGCUCCCGUCGGCUAAUACGGCAAUCCUAACAGGCCAGUCUCUAGCCUAGAUCUCAGACGAUUCCAAAGCAGUAGACAGACGCGAGGACAGUUUAGUUCGUUGUUCGUAGAGAGGUAGCAAACACGGUGGACCAUGAAUGUGUCUGUGGAAACGAAUGGAAGAAAAAGGAGAAAGGAGAGGAUAGACACGCGAACACCUUGAGCAAUGUCCCUGUAUGAAAAGAAGAAAUAACGAGGAUGAUGGGGGUGGCGAAACGAUGAAAAUCCAACGCGCGCACCGGCCAAGAAUAAAACAACGACGCGGGACGAUAUUGAGAAGAACGGUGUCGAGUAUUGGUCCGAGGUUUUUUGGAAGUUUUCUGUUUCACUGCGAAAAAGACUUAGCAAAUUAUUUAUUGGCGAAUUAAUUCGCGAUGCCGCGGCCCCGGCGAGCGAGACAAACGAAAAUAUAUAUAUAUAUAUAUAUUAUACACACGUGGAAAGCAGACGACGAGCUGCCAGACGCUAGGAUAAAUGAAUAUUCGCGCGAAUGAGUGUAUUUGCUGUUGUAUGACGUGCGCGGAGCGUGUUACGUGCUAGAAGAUAGAGAUGGUCCUGAUCGGGUUGAUUAUUAUCAUUGAGAUCGCAUGGCAAUGGUAAGAAAGAGACAAUUCUUGUUUUUUCUAUAUGCGAUCGACUGAACACGAUGACAAGUGUCUGAGAGAGUGUUAGGAAGAACGGGCUGAGCGAAAGUGAGGCGAGACAGUGGAAAAGUAGUGCCAAGAGCGUAAAGAAAAAAGAAAAGAAAAUGAUGACGAUGAUGAUGAUGAUAAUGAUGAUGAAGCAACUCUGUAAAUAUUAGGUUAGGUAGUUCAAUAUCAAUAUAAUUAUUACGACUAAAAAUGAUAUGCUCUAUAUACUUGAUUAAAAAGUAAUUAAACCUUACACCACGCAUAAACACGAGUUGGACGGGCCGUUACGAAAUCGCCCUGGGACACGCGUUACGCUUCGAGGCCUCCGUGAAAAACAAAUAUUAUUAUUAUUAUUAUUAUUAAUUAAAAAAAAAAAGAACUCGCUUCGAGCGUUGCGAUCGACCCGUCGAUAUCUCUUCAGGGUUUACCGAUCGACGAAAAAUCGUGUGUUCGUCCUCCUCCGUCCAUCGAUUCUCGCGUUCCUCUUGUGUAACAACCCACCCUCUCUAUUUUUCUUCCUAUCUUUCUUCUUUUUCUCGAAGACCCAAGCGUAAAAACACACGAGAGAAAAGAGAGCCUAGAGAGUUCCUUUCGAUGCGAUGCGACGAGAGAAAUGAUCGAUAUUCACGUUUUAGUGAUUGGUAACGAGAGCGAAGGAUCGAAACGUUGGAUAAUGAGAGGGGUUGAAAUUAAUCGGGGCACAUCGAUCGGUCGAAGGAAGAGGAGGGCGUCGCGACGCUCGAUGCUUGCUGGACGCAGUCUCGCUGUGUUUCGAAUGGCUCGCACGAUGUCUGAUAUAAUGCUACUUUAUUAUUAUUCAGAUAGAUAAGGCUUCAGUUUUUUGACGAAAUAGGACGAGAUCUGCCUCGUCGAUGAACCGACUCUCGACGAUCCAUUUUUAUUUAUUUUUCGCAUAGAUGAUUUUUCUUUAAAGAAAUAAUUUUCUCACAGUUAUCGUAUUUUUGAAUUUUAUUUAUUACAGUCAUGUUUUGUUAGAAGUGCAUUUAGGAACAAUUUUUGUAGACGAAUUCGAAACCAUUCAAAAAACAGACUAACGGCGUCGAUUUCGGUUCUCGACCUCGGGACAGAGCGAAACUACUGAACUAUCUCACGAGAAGUCACCAAUUAUUGUAAUCCUUAAAACCGUACGACGAAGGGGUCAAAUUUACAGUGAAAUUACCGACAACUUUUCCUCUCGAUUCACGCGUGUCAAGCAAGGCCAGCGUUUCGAACACCUCCUACAAAUUCAAAUUCAAAUUCAAACAAUUUUCAUCCGUUUCCUUCUUUUUUAAAUCACAAGUUCUACACCAAGCUGCGUAUUUUUUCAAUUUUACCUGGCCUCGCGUCACGAACACGCGAAAUCGAGCGACGAAGGCACGUUUUCCAAAAAAAAGUACUCGAAAAAAGCUAAACCGAUUUACCAACGAAGAAAACACGGGUACAGGUUUGUACAGGUGUACGCGAAACGUUGUAUCACAGGUUCUUUUCCGAGAAAUGUCCGGGCAGUUCUACAACACGACGCAGUCGACCGUUUCUCUCGUCGAGAGAAAGAAUGAAAGAAAAAGAGAGGAAGAGAGAGAGAGAGGCGCGCACGCUCUUUCCAUCGUGUCAAAAAUGUGUUCACGCGCAUGCAAUAUUAGGUGAUGAAGAUUAAUCGUAUUCUCUGUAUGUAAAACAAAGAUAAAAAAAAAAUACGUUCGAGCGGAAACAAAAAUGAGAUAUAAGCGUGAAGAAAAAAAUGAAUAACGAACAAUAACGGACUAACGAGAUAAUAUGGUCCUUUGCGAUCGAUGAGAAAAUCUGUAAGAUCGUUGUGUGUGUGUAUGUGUGUUCGUAUGAAUGAUAGAAGAAACAGAUACGUGAAAGGUAUGUCUAAAUCCAAAAUAUAUGGGUCUUGUGCAAGCCUCGGUUAAAUUAAAAAAAAAAAAAAAAAAAAAAAGAAAGAAAGAAAGAAUCGCUGUUAUCGAUUUAUAGAUCGAAUUUUUAAACACGACCACCGUUAUCGUGGUGGAUCUUUAGAGAAAAGAGAAAGAAAUGAUAUUUGUAAUCGAACGAAAUACUCGUCUCACUGCGAGUCGAAUAGAAAUUUCUUAACGAGCACGAUUUUAAUGUUAAUUCGUGACUAUUCAACGAUUCGCUGCGACGCUCGGGCUCUUUAUUUGGACGAUUCAUCGGUACGAGCGACGAGACCGAUCAUUUUUGUGGCCUUCCGCAUACAAAUCUCCACGCGAUCGGGUUGAAUACGAUCCUGCUCGCGAUUUCGAAGCGUACAAUUUUCAACACGAGUCUCUUCAAUCGGUUGGCUAAAAGACGAACGGCUUAGCUCGCUGGAUCGGCACUCCUAACGCUCCUAGUAGCCAAGGUUUAUUAUCACCUUGAUAUUUCCUCGAUUAAAAUGAAUUUUUUAUGAAAAAAUUUCAAAGUUUCACUUUGAAACUUUAGAUACUUAUAGGAGGAGGAAGAAUCUAUUGGCUAAGAACAAUUCAUUGAAUUAGGAAAGCUUUCUUUCCUCCUUAGGCAAUUAAGAAAUUACUCCGAGCGUUGAGCCUAGAUUACUGAUCCCAGUUGUCGAUAGAGUAAAUGGUAUAAUGUACUAGUGCUAGUAGAAAAAUUGACUAUGUUCGUGAUUAGACGAAUGGGUGAUAGAGUGCUAAAACUAUUAGAGUAGGAUUUCAUCGUGAUAAAGUAACUCUGCCACUAACCUUCCACUAUUCAAACGUACCAGCGCUAGUUAUUUCACUAUUUACUCUAUAAAUGUAACCAAGGCACUAAGCUAAUCAUUGUUAGAGUAGAGUAGUAUAGUAUUUUAUUAGUAAUAUUGUACCACUUGCUCUAGCAAGGAAAGCUAAGCUUUAGAUAGCGAACGAAAGCCCGUUUGUCUGGUCCUCAUCGUUCGUACGUCUUCUCGGAAGCGUCUCGUGCUCAGGUUGAUCUCGAUCGCGAUUAAGGUCGAAAGAUUGAAAAAAUUCGAGAACCUGGCCGCUUCCGGUCCAUCUAGUCAUGCUGAGCCGUGCGUCCUGUCGGGGGAUGAAAUCGAUCGGUCGUUUUAUUAUCAUUAGGCGUGGAUAUUGUGAUUUCUCUUUUAUUUUCUUCACGAGAGAGGUGUUUGAAAAUUCUGAAACGCGUUCGAAGAAACGAAACAAAGAAGGCGAAAAAAGAAAUUCGACGUUACCUUUUAGGCUUCUCACCUUCGAGGCCGGUAAUUAUUGUCGCGUUGUCGAUAAGAUUGGUGUGUCUAGUCUUUUCCCACGACGAACAUGGUUCUACCUCGGUGAUUUCUCAUUGCUCUAUUAUCAUCGAAACGAUUUCUUCUCUUCACCGUUCGAUCGUGGAGCAACGCGAAAGAUCAGCCGAUGUUGCGGAACUCGACGCUCGUCGUGGAGUGUAAAUCAUGUUCUUUUUUUCUUGUUCUUCGUUUUCCUUUUUGUUUUUCGUUGUUAUUAGGUAAUCGAAGAAACGGUCGUGAACGAUAGCGAUGAUCGAAAUUGAAACGAUGCACAGACCCGCAGACUGAUAUGGAUGGAAAUCUGAGAAUCAAAAAGUUAUUCUUUUUACACCGUCUCGUGAUUUCUCGGGAUCGGCAGCGUCUUACUUGAUUUUAACGGGGGUUUAACGUUUCUACGUGUUUGAAACGGUACCGAGUUCAAGGAUGAUUGUGCGCGUGCGUGAAACGAAAGAAAUUGUGCGAUUGGAAUAUUCGAAAUGAAAGAGAAAAAGACGUGUAAGAAGAACCACUAGCCAACGUACGUCAUUCGAGUCGAAUUAAUUAUCGUUUCAUUGUCGUCGUGAUGUACGAGCAGGGGAGAAAGAGAGAGAGAGAGAGGGGAAAAAAAAAGAAAAUUAUAUGCGAGCGAGAAAUUGGAGAAACUUUUUUCAAAGUAAUCGAUCGAUGUUGUAGGAACAGUGUUAUUUAAAGUAGUAGAUCGCUUCUACCGAAAGAAAAAGCAAGUCAUCUCGAAAAGAAUAAAAAAUAGAAGGAAAGAAUUGAUUUCACAUGAUUCGAAAGUCGCGCCAAUCGCGCACGAUAACGGCCCUCGAAUCGGCGCGAGAUUCAAAAGCUAAGAAAAAGCGCGCGAAAGAGGACCUUUCGCGAUGUGUUCCUCUUCUUCGAACCUCUUCUUCUACACGUGUUUCUCGAUUUUUCGUUGUUCUAUGUUACUCGUAUGAAGAAUCUCGUGUUUUUCGAGCGUGCCACGAACUUGCGAGGAAAUUAAACGGUUCUCAUUUUUUUUUUUUU